CUACUUGAUACUGGACAACCUCGGCAUUUAAAGCAACCAACUGAGAACAAGAUGUCUGCUUCCGGAAAUUCUCGAAAGAAAUGAAAUAUGAGAGCUUUUGAAGCACUGAUCUCUGACCUGUUUACCUCACGUAUACAAACAAAGGUCGUUACCUCACCCAUCCCACGUGACCAAUCUAACCUCUCGGGCGUGUCAUUUGGAACAAAGACAAAAUAACAUUUAAGUUGAUUGGGACAGACGCACGUUUAUUAUAAGGUUAAUGCUGCAUACCCCCACGGCAUAUUUCGUAAGAUUGUACCUGUGAGCGUCCCGCCGUUGAGGGAGACUGCCGACCCAGACAUGAAUUCAUCUCACAGUUUCGAUCUUGAUACAGAGAGCACAGAUGGCGACGAAAACGAAAAGCGCGGGAAUUGGUCUAAUCAGUGUGACUUCUUUUUGUCUUGUCUUGGCUACGCUGUCGGCCUUGGCAACCUGUGGCGCUUCCCUUUCUUGUGCUUUAAGAACGGAGGCGCCGUGUUUCUGAUUCCAUACGCAAUUUGCCUCUUAUUAAUCGGGAUGCCAAUGUUUUUGCUGGAAUUGUACCUCGGGCAGUUCUCCAGCAGUGGACCGCUAACAGUGUGGAGAUUCUCGCCCAUGUUUAAAGGUAUCGGGAUAGGUAUGAUGGUGACUUCGUCACUGAUUGCAAUCUACUAUAACAUCGUGAUGGCUUGGGCGCUGUAUUACCUGUUUGCUUCCUUCACCAGUAAACUACCUUGGCAGGACUGCGGAGACUGGUCGUCUGAUACGUGUCUCACCAAGCUUCCAGACAUCUCAGGCUGUAACACAACUCUCCAGGAAGUGCCUUACCCCAAUGGCACGUGUUACAACGCCAACGGUACUCUGCUGGGGGUCUAUAACGACACCUUGCUGAAACAGUACAAUAUUACACGAUCUUCAGCCGCGGAGGAGUAUUUCUUUAACACGGUGCUUCAGUUAGGGUCGGGCUUGGAUUCAUUCAGCGACCUGACCGGUAUCAGCUGGCAGCUCAGUCUGUGUCUCCUUCUUGCCUGGAUUAUCGACUUCGUCUGUCUGUUCAGAAGUGUGAANAUUAAAAACCGUCUCUUUGUCUUAAAGGAAGUUCACAUAAUCUUACUGAACAUUUUGCUUUUCCUCCCAUGCAUAGCCGUGUUUCUGAUUCCAUACGCAAUUUGCCUCUUAUUAAUCGGGAUGCCAAUGUUUUUGCUGGAAUUGUACCUCGGGCAGUUCUCCAGCAGUGGACCGCUAACAGUGUGGAGAUUCUCGCCCAUGUUUAAAGGUAUCGGGAUAGGUAUGAUGGUGACUUCGUCACUGAUUGCAAUCUACUAUAACAUCGUGAUGGCUUGGGCGCUGUAUUACCUGUUUGCUUCAUUCACCAGUAAACUACCUUGGCAGGACUGCGGAGACUGGUCGUCUGAUACGUGUCUCACCAAGCUUCCAGACAUCUCAGGCUGUAACACAACUCUCCAGGAAGUAGCUAACCCCAAUGGCACGUGUUACAACGCCAACGGUACUCUGCUGGGGGUCUAUAACGACACCUUGCUGAAACAGUACAACAUUACACGGUCUUCUGCCGCGGAGGAGUAUUUCUUUAACACGGUGCUUCAGUUAGGGUCGGGCUUGGAAACAUUCAGCGACCUGACCGGUAUCAGCUGGCAGCUCAGUCUGUGUCUCCUUCUUGCCUGGAUUAUCGACUUCGUCUGUCUGUUCAGAAGUGUGAAAUCAUCAGGAAAGGUCGUUUAUUUCACAGCCAUAUUCCCAUACGUGGUGUUGUUAAUUCUGUUGAUUCGCGGUACUCUGCUGCCAGGCUCACGUAGCGGCGUGGAAUGGUACAUCGCCAAGGCUGACGUCAGUAAACUAAAGGAUCCUGAAGUAUGGUUAGAUGCCAUUACGCAGAUAUUUUUCUCCCUGUCAGCGUCUCUCGGUGGACUUCACGCACUCUCUAGUUAUAAUAGGUUCCACAAUAACUGUUUGAGGGACGCCAUCAUCGUAUCCCUUGGCAACUGUCUGACCAGCUUCUUUGCGGGUUUCGUGGUGUUUUCUUACGUGGGCUACAUGGCAGAGCUGCAAGGAGUAGACAUUGGUGACGUGGCAAAAGGAGGACCGAGUUUGGCGUUCGUCAUUUGGCCUUCAGCAGUGGCUACCAUUCCCGUUUCGCCCCUGUGGUCCAUUCUGUUGUUCUUCAUGCUCAUUACACUUGGCUUGGACAGUCAGUUCACCCUGUUGGAAACGAUUUUCACUGGUUUGUUAGAUGCAUUUCCUAAAGUACGUAAACACAAGGUCUGGGUUCAUCUGGCUGUUUGCGUUGUUCUCUUUGGACUUGGCCUUCCUAUGUGUACCAAGGGUGGGCUGUAUUUGCUGGACUAUGUGGACAGCGCCAUCAAUGGAUGGCCAAUGGUCAUUCUUGGACUGACUGAGUUGAUAGCAGUGGCAUGGGUAUACGGGGCUUACCCCAGGUACAAAGUUAUUUACAAACUGUUUGUUAUUGCUCUUACAACACUGCAUGUGAUCGUAAAGCCUAGUGGUAAGGGUGUCCCUCUGUGGAGCGGGAGGACACACAGUACACAUGGACGUGACGUCACGGCCUAUGGAAUCUUGUUUGACGUCAGAACUAACGUCAGAGGCGGGAAUGUCAAUGCGGCAUACGAGAACGUUAAUUGA